CUCCCAAGUGUCUAUUCAAUUCACAACUGCGGAGUCAAAAGCGACGGAUGUCUGGGAUGGUUGGCCGAUGACGUGAACCUUGACUGAAUGGAUCCAGAUGCAGAACUUGCUUUUCAGGUUGCAUUAAAAGAGUGGACUGUCCUGGGCUGUCGCGAUGGUGGUCAAAUUGACAUUCGACUUGAUUCUUCGUCUGGGAAGCAAGUGGCGAAUGUUAUGGAGAUCAAUCCACUUGCGGGCUUGCGUCCAGGAUGGUCCCAGCUGCCAAUCAUUGCAGAGAACAACGGUGUUUCGUUUGAUGAUGUGAACAACCACAUUUUCCAAAGUGCUAUGAAAAGAAUUAACGCUAAAAAUGAGCAUUGCGAUCCCAGUAUCUAUCGGGCCAUUUCAUAUUCCCCAACCGCCUGAUAACAGUGACCUCAAAAACCCCAGCCUCUGCAACUUUCCGCCAAACCAGAUGGCAUGAGAA